AUGUUUGCUGAUUUAGAGGUCGAUACAGGCCGAUGCACUUUAACUUACAUGAAUGGGGCAUUUUUCAUCGCUGUAAAUUGCUUGUUAAGCGUGGUUGGAAGUUUUGGGAACAUUCUUGUAUGCCUAACUGUCCUACUCACACCAAACCUGCGAGUUGUGUCAAAUUUCUGCAUCGUGAAUCUAGCUUUAGCCGAUCUGAUGGUCACCAUGGUAGCUCAGCCACUAGCUAUUUCGAUCUUCGUUGGUAAACUUGACGGAACUUGUUAUGUUAGAGCUGAAUACGCUGCUCGCUUCAUUGGAAACUUGUCUUGUGCGGUUUCCAUUUUGACUUUAGCCACAAUGAGUUUCGAACGAUGUUUUGUCAUUCUAAAACCCAUGAAAUAUAAAGCCACAAUCACUAAAGGAUUUCUAAAGUCCAUUUUGGGUUUUCAUUGGUGUUCGGCCUGGAUUGUUCCUCUCUUAGACGCAUUUGUUGAGGAUAAACUUGUGUACAUAUAUUUUAUUCUCGUUGGCAUGAUUGCCUUGUAUUCAGUUGUAAUUGUCUGUUAUUCGGUAAUCUUCAUAACUGUUCGAAAACAAAACACCCUGAGGCAAAGAGAGCUUCAAGACCACCAAGCUGCAGGCGGAGAAAAAGAAAAAAAACUGGCAUUGACUAUUGCACUUGUGAUCGGUUUCUUCACAAUAUGCUGGGCAUCUUUUGGUUUCCACAUCGCCAUUAACCCACAGAAAAACUAUGGAGUAAGCUACAUCGCACCUAUCACGGCUAGUUUUGCAAACUCUGCCAUAAAUCCUAUCAUCUACUUUUACCGAAACAAAGGAUACCGCGAUGCUUUGAGAAAAAUUUGCCGUAAGUGUCGUCGCAGAAACACUGUUACACCGUUAGAGCCGCUGCAAAAUGUAUGUGGCAGUUCAACUCCGGCAAAUACGAAGAGAAUAAUCCUCAGAGAAAGUAAGAUGUAA